CCUGUUAACACCUUCCUCUACUGUGUUGGUGAAGGAUUAUACUGUACAUAUGUCUAGUAAGCGUCACUAUAAGAUUGAAUAAGAGGGAAUUGCAGAUACCAGAGGUGCAAAAUCUGAAUUGUGUGCACUCAGCAGUUGAGAUUUGUUAUGGCACUGUACUGCAGCAGUUAGGAGAAUUGUAUAGCAGCAACUUCAACUGAUUAACAACUAUGGCAGUGUCUACGUAACUGGAGUUUACCUCAUUGUUGGUGGCCUCUUCUGCAGACAUGAGUAUUGGUAAAGUUUAUCAAAAAUGGUCGAGGGAUAUGGUCCACCUUCUCCUCUCAGAAAUACGUCACCUUUGGCCAAAGUUUCGCAACAAAAAAUAUACCAUGAAAAUGUUGUAUGAGGAUGCUAGUACAAAAUUACGUGAGUAUGGGUAUGAAGUUAGUGCAUACAGAGUAGAGAAGAAGUGGCAUAACUUGGCAUCAACGUACAGGAAUGUGCUGAACAAGAUGCAUAACUAUGGGGAAGAAUCCAUUACAAGAAGACAUGAAUAUUUUGAGGCAAUGCAUGAAUUAAUGGGGAACAUGAAUGCCGUUAGACAAAAGUCUUCAGUCUCGCCCUUAGAGGAGAUGUUGCCGGGAACCUCUCAGACUCGUUCUUCCAGCCCCUUGUCACCAGCCUCCACUCUAGCCUCCCCUCCGUCCUCUCCAGAACCAAGUCGAAAAAGAAUAAGAACUGAUGAGCACAGUUCACCUAAAAUUAUUCUAAUACCUGCAGUUCAAAACCAUGAUCAAGUAUACCCAGAACAGAGUGUUCCUAUUCAAACACAAGUCAAAGGGCAUAUAAAGCAGCAAAUAAUUGAUGACGCGGAGGAGCAGGAGUCACGGCGAGAGUGGCGAGAGUGGAAGAGACAACAGGAAUUAAUAAAUGUACAGCGUGAAGGGAACCGGGUUCUUGAGAACAUAGACAAUAAUUUAGUUGCUAUAAGAAAGUCUCUUGAUUUUAUUGUACAGAAACUUUCUAAUCAAGGGUGAUGUUCAAAAAAACUAAUUUAACUUUAACUAAAAAUUACUAUUUUCUUCUGAAUUUGAUUAAAUGUAGACCCUAUGAAAAUUGAGAUUG